AUGCUAAAUGGCCGGAUAUCUAUCAUUGUGGACAAACAGAGUUUGAUCUUACGCAGACCAAAGGAAAAGAAAGGCACACACCUAGAAGAAUCACAUGAGUCUCACUUCGAAGCCUCACAGAAGUCAGCACUGAAAGUCGUGGGUGACCCAUUGCCCUGCAAGUGGCAGCUUUUCACUAACAACAGUGCUGGGGGUACUGAGUGGGCAGAAUACCUUGUUUCGGGAGCUGCCCUGCCCACUUCCUCUCCCUCCUCCCAAUCCCGGAGGCUUCCAAGCCAUCUGACAAGCACGUCUCCCCCUUGGGAUCUGUUCCGGUGUUGGUUUUACCGGACAGUGACCAAAAACGAGGGGAAACUCCUACAUCUGGGGACUGCUCCAGAAACCCUGCCUGAUCCUGCCCCUCUCACUGACAGUCUCCUCGCUGCUCCCUACAUCUUCCUCUCCGCCGGAGCUGUCCAGAAGGGGGAUUUUGGACCCAAAGGAAUCAGGAUGAAAGGGGGUGGGGGGAACGGGCUGGAGUUUGCAGCCCCGAACGGGCUCGCGGGGAGUUGGGCCCUGACGCCCCUGUCCCGGCAGCCCCGGCCUGCCGCCCCGCGGGAAAGCCUCCGGCCCGGCGCAGGAUUCGGCCCAGCAGCGCCACCGUCCCACCCGGAGGCCCCGGGGGAUUCGAGGGGGCGCGCGGAGGCCCGGGGUGCGGGGGCAGGGCGCGGCCGCCGUGGGGCCUACCGGCCCGAGGCCUACCGGCGCCCCCCCACCCGCCGCACACCCCCACCUGGCCCGCGCAGGCCGCUCCGCUCGCCCCACUGCGGCUCCGGCUGGACCCCUGCCCGCCCGCCGUCGCCGCCCGCGGGCGCCCCGGAGGCCCUCAGGCCCCCGGCCUCCACCACCCGGGCGCCGGCCCCACUCACCCUUUCAUUCUCCGCCCGGGGCCUGGCGUGGGCCGGCGAAUCCCCGGCCUCACGUAAGCGCGCUCGCCGCCCGCCCAGCCUGCGCGGCCCAGCCCGCCGCCCUACGGGAGCCCGGGGAUGUGGGCCGGGCCUGGGGCCGCCUAUGCUUACCUUUCAGCUGCUUUUUUUUUUCUCCUUCCCCCCUGUUCCCUCGGCUGGGCUGACAGAUCAGAGUGAGAGGCGCUGGCAAUGGACUAGGAAGCUUGGCUGCCGCUGCUACUGCUCCCCCCUGGGCUCCGGCGAGAGCUUUUCCCUGUCAAGCAAGAGGGGUGAGGAUCAUAUUUUUAUUUUGGAAACUAAAAAGUGCUCCCAGGGUCGGUGAUUAUUAAGGGGAAAUCCCUGAAUAUACUCUGCAGCCAAGAAGGCAGGGCUGCCGGGGCUGUACAAGAAGAGGCAGCAGCCUCCUACAGCACCACUACAGGCACUGCGAGGACAUAACACCAGAGAGCUGCUCCUCUGCCCUCCGAAACGACAACUUUCCUACCAUCUUGGAGGCAGAGCAAAGGGGGGCCAGGGGGAAAAGUGCACCCGCUCCCGAUAAAGUACAAAUUUUUACUUCUCAUCUCUGGAAAAAAGUCCACACCGGCCGUCUACACCGGCGCCUGGGGGAGAAAGCAGGGAAGAAACGGGGGGUGCAUGAGAAACGUUUUCAUUUGCUCCAGGGGGAAAAAUGUUUCUGCAUCUUCUGAUGGAAAGAAAUCUUUACAAGACACAGGUUUUCCGGUGAUUAUUGCUUUCUAUUUUCUAUUUUUAAUUUUUUUCAUGUUAGUGAUUGUGAUAUUUUAAUAUUUUUUAGGCCAAUAAUAAUUUUUCUCCAUUACAGGGCUAAGUUCUGUGGCUGGUGGUCAGUUUGUAAAUUUAUACUUAAAGAGACUUAAUAGUAACUUCAUUUAUUUGUCUAGUUAUGUUAUUGUAUAUAUAAAUAUGUUUUCAGAUAUUGCAUAUAAAAAUUUGUGUUACAUGUUACUCUCAAAACUGAGAUUGCUGUAAGACAAUUGUAAAAAACAUGUCUCUCGUCUAUUUCUCAAAGCAAUGUAAAUAAAACCUAUGGACUGUCCA